CUACUUUCGGGUUCGACUCAUCCCCAUUUCAGCUAUGGCGUAUGCAUUUGGUGGUUUAUGCUUGUUAACGCUAUUUAUUUGUUACGUUCCUUGUUCAUAUUCGUUUCCCGACCAGGGCAAAUGGCAGUUCACUGCAGUAGAUGUCGCAAAGCAAUACUUUUCUGUUCACAAAAGUUUGUAUAAGGGAUCAACAAUAUCUAUAAAAGUUUCAUGUACACCAAGCAGAGAGACCGACAAUCCAUCGUAUAUCUGGGUUGGCUGGAUGCUGCACACAACGCCUUGUUUCCAGGAGUAUUUCCAGCAAGACAAUUUGACACAGGGACAACUGGAGAGUCUCUGGGAUGGAGGCAAACUCUUCGACAUUGGUCACCUGUACUUCAAGGCAGAGACGGAACACGUUCAAUGUUUUGACGGUAUAGAAUUAACGGUGCAAGACAUCAGCAAGAUAGAGUCCAGGAAAGGUAGCAAUGUGGACGUGCAUCGUCCAAGAAAAAGAAGAGCCGUUCCGGAGCUUCCCAGCAAAGAAGACGUAGUUGACGUCGCACAAGGCAAGGGUCCAGGUGCUGCCACGACCGCAAGCCCAACCACAAAAGCUCUGAAGGUGCACAUUUCGGGAGUGACCACAGCAGCUCCGCAUGUGCCAGGUGAAGUGGGGAUCAUUCCAAAGGAUGGAGUGUACAUGCUUAUUGUGUCACUCAGGUCUGUGGAGAACAGGAACUUCUCAGCCAGAGUUGACUUGUCCAUGAAAGGAAGCUAUGGAUAUCUGUCAGCUGUUGAUUGGCCCUUUCUUCCUUUUUACGGCGUGAUGUGCGGCGUCUACGUCAUCUACGCUGUGGGGUGGCUCGUAGUUUCGGCAAUGCAGUGGAGAGAUCUACUAAGGAUACAGUUUUGGAUUGGCGGAGUCAUUUUUCUUGGCAUGCUGGAAAAAGCCGUUUUCUAUGCAGAAUAUCAGUCCAUCAACUACACUGGCUAUUCAGUUCAAGGUGCUGUGCUCUUUGCUGAGGUGCUGUCAAGUUUAAAGAGAUCCCUCGCGCGUCUGCUGGUUAUCAUUGUCAGCCUCGGAUUUGGAAUUGUCAAGCCCCGGCUAGGUCCAAUGUUGCACAGGGUGGUUAUCGUGGGCUGCCUCUAUUUCAUCCUGGCCGCCGUGGAAGGGUGUAUUCGCACGUUGAGGCCAAAGAACGCGCCUGGUAGAGAACAGACCAUGCUGAGUGUCGGACUAGCACUCGUGGAUAGUGGAAUCUGUUGGUGGAUCUUCAACAGUCUCAUACAGACUACGAGGACACUACGUUUGCGACGAAACGUCAUCAAGCUCUCCUUGUACCGGCAUUUCACCAACACAUUGAUUUUUGCGGUGCUCGCCUCUAUUGUUUUCAUGGUAUGGAUGACCUUCUCACAUCGUGCAGUCGAGUGCCUCACAGACUGGAAAGAGCUCUGGUUUGAUGAUGGCUACUGGCAGUUGCUUUUCUCGAUCGUUCUUCUCGUCAUCAUGUUCUUGUGGCGGCCGACAAACAAUAAUCAGAGGUACGCGUUUACUCCACUUCUGGAUGCGGCGGACGAUGAGGACAAGGAAGACCUGCUGCAGCCGCAGAACGACGCCUUUGAAGGCAUGAAGAUGAGAGGUAGCAAAGCAUACACAGCACCAGGAAGAGAGAAGGAGAAAGGGGAAUCUACUGCGGAGGACGACUUGAAGUGGGUUGAAGAGACCAUUCCGUCGUCUUUAGGAGAAGCAGCACUUCCUAGUCUUCUGGAUUCUGAUGAGGAAAUCAUGACGGUUCGCUUUGAACAGAGCAAGAUGGAGUGAGCUCUGUUGCGAUGCAAGGUGACUGCAGUGUUUUUUUUUUGUUUUUUUUUUAUUGUGAUGUGCUACAUGUGGAGGGAACUGGCUAGUUGUGCACAAAGGAAGGAAGAUGCCCACUAAAAACACUCGCAUUGGGCUUCUAUUAUGUAGAAUGCAGUCAGGUUCAUUAUUUAUAGAAGGCGCACGAAGCAGCACCAUUGUAUUUUUUUCACUUCUGGAAGUGACCAGUGACAUAAAGCGGCACCAGCGGCAAAAACGUGUGAUGCGGUAUGUGCAGUUCCUUUUCAGACAUGUGGAAUGUUAACAUUCUUGUACAGCAAACACUAGUGCUCUUCUUCGUUUACUUCCUGUACACGUUUGUACAUGUUUCCGUUCAGGCGUUUUUGCAGCAGACAGUCACUCUUUUUGAGGUUCAUCGAUUACAUUUUUAUUUACAAAAGUUCAUUGGUCAGUGAAAAUGUUUCAAAAUAAAAACAGUAACGAGAAAUU